UAAGUAGUCAGGCCGACUAAAUCAAGUACAACCAGACAUCCAUUUCUUCAUUUGACCGGGAAGUAUCAAAACUUGAAAUCUUAUUAAACUCGCACCGCGUUCGCUAUCUAGACCGAAAUCCAGCAGCCUCUAGCGUGAGCAAUGGAAACAGACGACUCGGACAUAGUUCUUGUUGGUAACGAGCCUUCGAUGAGUGUGGUUUCCUUACUUCCGGGGCAUUCCCAAAGUUUGGGAACAUCGACCUCGACUGAGUUUGAGCAUCACAAUCCCCCUCCACCCCCAGGGCCGUGCACUUGUAAUUCUGGUAACUGCAUAUGGCACGGGCCAGUCCUCAACGAUUACACCCAUAGCUCGAAAGAUUUACGUGAUAGCAACAAGCAGCAUAUUAUUGGCGGGUUGGACGGCAGGGCUUCUUCAAAAGUGAAGCGGCAUGUGCAGGACAGGUAUGAGCUUGAGCCAAAAACAGAUACGAGCCCCAUCGGCUUUCCACCACCCUUAGACCUCCCAUACCGCGGGAAGAAUUACCGCAGAGAAUCCGAGGAUUAUGGUCCUCCACCUCCACCGCCUCCACCGCCGCCUCCUCCGCCACCACCCGUGGGAGUACCACAAUUUCUAAACGUCCAAGGGAUUGUUCCUCCUCUUCCUCCUCCUCCUCCACUACCACCUUCGGACGCAAUACCUGGGCUGCCAGAAGCCCCCGUAAACCCAGAAGAUAAAAUUUACUCUCCAGUCUCGUUCAUCCGAGCCCAGUACUCGGGGGACUCCGUUCUCGACAUCAGCAGCCGUGUAGUUCGAAUCGUCCCGUUCCGACGCAACGUCUUCACCACACAACAUCGUGUCCACAAGGCAGACUUUGAAGAGCAUCAAUGGCUUCUCAAGUUCGGCAGCCCAGACUUCUGGUACGAGAAGCCCGCCAGAUCCUAUCUACAGCACAUUACAGGGCCGGAGGGGUUGCUACAUCUUCUCAAUGCUAGACCUGUCAGUCUUGAGACACCAAAAGUGUGGGCUUCCCAUGCUUUAACAACUCCCACCGAUGACGACGUCUAUGAUUGUCCCUCUGGGCAUGCACUCGAUAGUGGCUAUGCUGCAGCCUGCCAUCACUGUACGGAUGAGAAAUCGGAAGCAUUGGAAAAGACCCCGCUCGUCUACUAUGUUGUCUUCAGCACUUGUCAGGCCAGCGAUCCAUUCAUCCAUGGGUCGCACUUCAAUGGCUGUCAAAUCUACAAGCUAGUCAAGUGUGGAAGCCGGGAGGCAGCUGUUGCUGAAAUAUUCUAUGCAGCUGGUGUCAAUGGCUGGAGUGUUGCUUUCAGUUGCGUGAUGAGGCUCGGCGAAGACUUUGGAGAACGAAGUGGAACAGUCAAGAGAGUUGAUGAGCUUUGGAUGCUAGCUGAUGAAGAGAAGGACGAAAAUCUGGUGAGGGUGUUCUACUAAAAAGAUUUCAAGGGAGCGUUGAAUUUCCUUUGGUGGUACUAUUUCACGGCGGCAUUCUCCCCUCGAACACUCGACCUAAGCGGCGGUGACGAUAUAUGC